AUGAAUUCAUCUAAUAAACCAGCAAAGUCAUCACGAGAAGCUCACAAGCAUAGAAAUAAAAGGCUUAAGUGGGAACAUGAACAUAGCAAACUUGAAGUAGGUGUGCCACCAAUGAUAAACCCACCUACGAAAUGUAAUAUAGUCUUUGAUCUAUCAAAG